AUGACCGCUGAGGUUGCCACUGUUCUCCCCGCCUCCGAGCCGCCGUCUGCUCACGAGUUCGAGGCCAAGCCCCAGCCUGCUCCUGAGGUCAACCAGCUCGAUCCCAUGCCCCAGUUCGGCGAAACGCCUAUGGCCCCUUGGGAGGCUCAGCCGAUCGCUCCUCUCCUUCCCUCGGCAAGAGCACUGGCGCCCCCUGACUUCCAACAGCAGUUUGUGAAUCGGUGCUUGUACCCUGGCAAGAACGUCUUGGAUGAGGGGGCUAUUGCGUUCUCAGCUCCUGGUAUCCCUGAUGGUACUGACUUGAUGUUCAAGGCUAACGGCGCCGAGAUCGGUGGUUCUGCCUUCGCUCCCCUACUGCAGCCUCCAGCUCCCCCGCCCGACUACUUUGGCCAUCUCCUCGGGCACCCUAUGAACCCUGCAUUGUACGAUGACGAGAGCAUUGCUUCUGAAGAGAAGGAUGCCGACGAUCUCGAGGCGAAGGAAACUGUUGAAAAUCCUGAGGAAGCUUCGGAGACGGUGGACGCCAAGGAGGAGGUUGACGAGUCCCCUGUUGGCAAGAGCAAGCACGAUAAAUCAAGUACCCCGGAGCUGGCUCCGGCGGAGUCCGAUGCGAGCUCGGAUUAUUCCGGUGAUGACGACUUUGACUACUUUGGACACAUAAUGGGCCACCCGAUGAACCGAGGGAAUGGCCGAAAGAAGACUCCGAAGUCCAAGAAAAAGAAGUCGAGGAAGACCAAGUCUGAAAAGGUCGAGUCGGACGAGCCACAAGUCUCUGUUCUGAACUUGUUCUUGGGUGGAGUGGAGGUGUGCGACCGUGAGGAGAAUAUUUCGCAUUUCGCCAAGAUUGAGGAUGACUCAAGCAUGGAGAUGUCGAAAGAAGAGACUUCGUUUGUUGCCGCUGAUGAUACUCAGGCUAAGGAUGAUGGUUCUGCCUGCGAUGGAGAGGAACAGAUCGACCAGUCCGCCUUCGAGGGAAGUCCUAUCAAUAAUGUGUCUGCUUUGGUGGAACAGCCCAAGGUCGAAGAGCCCGAACAAGCAGCAGAGGCUUAUGAGGAUGUGAAGGAGAUCUCGGAUGAGAAGGAGAUCUCGGAUGACGCUAAAGAAGAGCCCGAGAAGACUGGUCCGAAGGAGGUCGAGAUCGCUGCUCCUGCACCAUCGUCGGAGAAGCCGGUAACAACUACGGUUCUCGAGGAGCCCAAACCUUUCAAGGAAGUUGUCGCCCAGCCAGAGCUUAAACGGCCUGAUGUACCUGCUCGACAGCUCUACGCCGAAAAAACCAAAGAUCAAGUCGUCGAGGAUAACGAGAUCUCGGGCAAAGUUCGCACUGGACCUGCUGCUCCGAAGAAGAAAUCCUUCUUUGUCGCUUAUGAGCUCAUGUAUUCAUUUCAGCUUUUGGUAUACCGUCGCAAGAUGGCCGUGAAUGUCCAGUCUUCUGAGCAGAUCUAUGAGCAUCAUUUUGAUUCCUACGAUGGUACCUUUGGCAUGAGUCCCAUGGUCCAGUACGGCGAGGCGCCCGUGGAUACGUGGCAUUCGAUUGCGAUCGCGCCUCCAUUGCCUUCUGCUAGGGAUAUUGCUCCCGUGGACUUCCAGCAAGCUUUUGUCCACAAGUGUCUCUAUCCGAAUGUUUGCGACGUUGACCAAGCAGAAGCUGAGCCCGUUGUCGACUGCACCCAUGAGGAACUAGAUGUCUCCGGAGAAGCUACUGAUUCUCCCGCAGCUCUCGAGCGUGUGGAAACUCCCGAGGUCGAACACGAGGUUGCCGAGGUGUGCCCUGCGAGCCAGCCGGUCCCUUCUGAGUCGGAAAAGGAACUUGAGAUCUCCGAGGAAUCGACCGAGGAUGAUGAUGUUGACUACUUUGGGCACAUUAUGGGACAUCCUAUGAAUCACAGCGGUAGCCAGCGCAAGAUCAAAUCUCCCAAAGCGGCGAAAGAAGCUCCCAAGGUGAAAGAGGCUGACUCACAGGAGACUCAGGGGUCCGUCUUGGGCCUCUUCCUAGGUGGAGUAGAAGUCUGUGACCUAGAGGAGAACAUUGGGCAAUUUUCUGCUCAAGAGAAGGAGGAUUCAGCUGUUGCUGUGGAGGAUGUGGAGAAUUGUACCGAGACUAAGAUCGAUGAGCCCAACGUACUCGAAUCCGAGACCGUGGAGAAGGCUCCCGAGGCUGUGGAUGUCCCGAAGGUUGCAGUAUUUAAGAACGUAGCUGAGUCUCAAGCGGCGCAAGAUUGUUCUGUCCCUACUGCUCCGGAAGUUGUCGCACCCCCCAAGCAAGAGAUUCAUGCUCCCGUAUUCGCAUCGCGGUCAUCGCGAGGUCCUGAAGUUGUGCAGGCUGGAGGUAUCAGCGUUGAAGCUAAACAGCCCAUCAAAACAGUACGACCCGCGGUCGAGACAAGUACCACUAGAACUUCGACUAAGAAGAAAGGCGAUCCGCAACCUGACUACUUCGGGCACCUGCUGGGGCAUCCCAUAUCUGCUGACGAUGACGAAAUCGAGGAGGAAGAGACUCCAGAUGUUUGCGUCGUUGACCAGGCAGAAGCUGAGCCCGUUGUCGACUGCACCCAUGAGAAACUAGAUGUCUCCGGAGAAGCUACUGAUUCUCCCGCAGCUCUCGAGCGUGUGGAAACUCCCGAGGUCGAACACGAGGUUGCCGAGGUGUGCCCUGCGAGCCAGCCGGUCCCUUCUGAGUCAGAAAAGGAACUUGAGAUCUCCGAGGAAUCGACCGAGGAUGAUGAUGUUGACUACUUUGGGCACAUUAUGGGACAUCCUAUGAAUCACAGCGGUAGCCAGCGCAAGAUCAAGUCUCCCAAAGCGGCGAAAGAAGCUCCCAAGGUGAAAGAGGCUGACUCGCAGGAGACUCAGGGGUCCGUCUUGGGCCUCUUCCUAGGUGGAGUAGAAGUCUGUGACCUAGAUGAGAAUAUUGGGCAAUUUUCUGCUCAAGAAAAGGAGGAUCCAGCUGUUGCUGUGGAGGAUAUGGAGAAUUGUGCCGAGACUCAGAUUGAUGAGCCCAAUGUACCCGAAUCCGAGACUGUGGAGAAGGCUCCCGAGGUUGUGGAUGCCCCGAAGGUUGCAGUAUUUGAGAACGUAGCUGAGCCUCAAGCGGCGCAAGAUUGCUCUGUACCUGCUGCUCCGGAAGUUGUCGCACCCCCUAAGCAAGAGAUUCAUGCUCCUGUGUUCGCAUCACGAUCAUCGCGAGGUCCUGAGAUUGUGCAGGCUCGAGGUAUCAGCGUCGAAGCUAAACAGCCCAUCAAAACUGUACGACCCGCGGUCGAGACAAGUACGACUAGAACUUCGACUAAGAAGAAAGGAUUCUUUGCUGGUCUCUGCGGCAGCCGAAAUCAUGACUGA